AUGAAAAGUGAGAAGAGGUUAAAGUAAGAGAGAUGCGAAGAUGAAGCAAAUGGAUAAACUUUAGUUUAGAGUUUGAAUGUUGAUUGAAUGUUGGCCAAACGAAGGCUAAUGUUACGAGUUAAUUGUUAAUAGUGAUGAAUUUUAAUCAUAAUAUUGUGUGGAUAACACUAAUUGUGGUGAUCACCAAUGGAAUAUCGGUAACUUUGAACAAAAUCGCCAAUCGAGUGACUAAAAAUGAUGAAAUUAGAGCUGAAGAAAUUGGUAAAUACUCAUUUAAUUGUAACAAUUAUAAUCACCAAUCUAUUGAAAUCAAAGGGAGCCCAAUGAAAACUCUGAAUACCUCAAGUCUAUCCAAUUGUACUUCACUUCAUAAACUAACUAUUUCUGACUGUCAAAAUUUAUCUCUUUGGCCUGAACUUAAUGAAACAGUUUCUUUAGAACAUAUUUCCUUCGAUCGAACUUCAAUUCAAACCAUUUCUCCAACAUUAUGUAUCUCAUCAGCCAAUCUUAAAACUCUAGUUGUCAAAUCAAGUCGAUUAAAGUACAUGCCAACAUUAACUAAUUGUACCAGACUGGAAUUACUAGAUCUAAGUUACAAUCAACUAAUUAUGGUUGGAGAGAAACAUUUUAUUACUCAAAGGAGAUUAACUCACUUAUUUUUAAGCCACAAUUGGAUUCAACAAAUCCAUGACAACUCGUUCAUUGGAUUGGAGAGCUUAAUCGUGUUAGAUUUAUCCAAUAAUCUAAUUAAAUCAAUUCAUCCAAAUUCAUUUCUACCUCUUCACAACCUCCGAGAUCUCAAUUUAGGGACCAACAAAUUUGCAUCUCUACCCACAACUGGAUUAAAGGGUCUCCAUCAGAUUAAGGUUCACAAUAAUCCUUUCUUAAUCUCAUUCCCUGGACCAGAGUUUUUCCCAUCUAUCCAAGUAUUAGCUCUUUCUUAUGCUUAUCAUUGCUGUCAGUUCAAUAAUCUUCCAGAUGAAACAUCAUCAUCUCCUUUCUCAUUCUUAUCAUCAUCUUCAUCUUCAUCUUCAUCUUCACCAUCAUCUUCAUCAUUAUCAACCCGAAUCAAUCAUUUUGAAGAGGACAUUAUCUGGCUCCAUCGGGAUGAUGUUAACAUGUCCAUUUGGAAUACAACUUGGCCUAAUACUUGGGUAGUCCGAAAUAAUUUAUCUUCUCAAAGCUGGACACCGGAAACAGAAUCCAUUUUGAGAAAUAUUAGUCAAUUCUCUGAGGAGUAUCUAGAUGAUUACAGAACUGAGAUAAAUUAUGACAAUAUUGUUAUCAAAUAUCCUAUCAAGUGCCUUCCACAACCAAGUCCAUUCACUCCAUGUGAAGAUCUGUUCGAUUGGUGGACACUUCGAUGUGGUGUUUGGAUUGUUUUUCUUCUCGCUCUUCUUGGUAAUGGGGUAGUGGUCGUGGUUCUACUUUUCGGACGUUCUAAGCUCGAUGUACCUCGAUUUCUUGUCUGUAAUCUCGCAGCAGCUGAUUUUCUAAUGGGCAUUUAUUUAGGUAUGUUGGCGAUUGUUGAUGCUGCCACUUUGGGCGAUUACAAAGUAUAUGCGCUUCCCUGGCAACGUUCAUUUGGCUGUCAGAUCGCGGGAUUUCUUGGUGUUCUGUCAACCGAACUUUCUGUUUACACCUUGGCCGUUAUAACGUGUGAACGUAAUUAUGCCAUCACUCACGCGAUGCAUUUGAAUAAACGAUUAUCUCUGAAACACGCUGCAUACAUUAUGACCAUCGGUUGGGCUUUCGCUCUUCUUAUGGCUUUUCUCCCUCUUUUUGGUAUCUCUGAUUAUCGUAAAUUCGCUGUUUGUUUACCUUUCGAAAUUACGGACUUUUGGUCUCGAACUUAUGUAAUCUCAUUGAUUGUUGUCAAUGGAUUUGCUUUUUUUAUUCUAAUGGGAUGUUACCUGCGAAUGUAUUGUGCCAUUAGAGGUUCUCAAGCUUGGAACUCAAAUGAUUCUCGAAUCGCUAAGCGAAUGGCUCUAUUAGUCUUCACCGAUUUCCUCUGUUGGGCUCCGAUCGCUUUUUUUACCUUAACAGCAAUCGCUGGUUAUGAGCUUAUUACUCUUGCUGAGGCCAAAGUUUUUACCGUUUUUGUUUUACCUUUAAAUUCAUGUGCCAAUCCUUUCCUUUAUGCCAUUUUCACGAAACAAUUCAAGAAAGAUUGUGUCCUUUUAUGUAAGAGAAUUGAAGAGUCGCGAGUUACCCGUGGGAUUGGUCGAGGUCGAAAUAGUUCCAAUUUCUCCAAUCGACAUACACCAAUUAAUACAAAUUCAAUCGUUGAUAAGAAAAGUUCUGGAGAUAGUGAGAAGUUGGUUUGUCGAUGUGGACUAACAUCAGCUGAACCUUCAAAUAUAUCUAUUAAUAAGUUAAUUCUCAAUGGUAAUUGUAACGGUCAACCUUUGUUCCGUAAAAUGGCCACAAAAUGGUGGCAAGGGAGAUCAUCAGCGACGAAAGAAAUACCCGUGCGAUUAGAUUCAACAGACUCAACAAGUUGUCCCAGUCGACACACUCGACGAUCACAAAAUGGACCAAAUAAUAGACUAGAUUCAAUUUCAAGUGGUAACUUCUCAUCAAGAUCGGACUCAUGGAGACACGGGUACAUUUCGCCGCAACUUUUAACAAUGAAACGUCCAAUUGCGAUGGUUCGUCGUCGGUCAUCUUGGACUGCUUCAUCUUCGACUUCUACAACUCGUAAACUGUCCACGACUCGAUCAAGUGUUUCAAGUGAUUCUUCGUCCGCUGUGUUUCGUCACGAUCUAAAAGGUUCUACUAGACUUCCGAUUGUUGAUGAUUAUUUAAUUACCGUCAACUCGAACAACCAAAUUAGAAAUUCACUCAUCAACUCAACUAAUUCAACUAUAAACAGAAAACCGACAACCAAAGCCACUUUUCUGUGUCCUGAAUGUACAAGAAUCAAUUUAAUUAACCAAAAUGAGAGUUCGAGUAUCAACGUUAAUCACAUUGGAAAUAAAUUGAGCCGUGAAACUGAAAAGAUAAUGAUGGCUGGUGUAAUUCCGAAGACCAAAGAUUCAUCCAAGUUUUUCACCAAAUUAACUGAAUUAUCUCGUGCUAAGGAUAAGAAUCAUGAAUCAAGAGAAAAACGUUACAUCUUAUCAUCAGGUGAAAGCAUCAAGAACGAAACAACGGAAACAUCAUUACAAGACAGUAUAGCGACUGACACACAAAUGGGUUCGAGUCGAUCCAAUUCAAUUAGUUCACCAUUAACAGAGAUUCAGAUUGAAUGUACUGAUGAUGAUGAGGAUUUUAUGACUGGUGAUUACGAUGAUGAUGAUGAUUUGUUUACUCCAUCGAGAGAUAAUUCAUUUACUUUAUAUCCAGAACUUGAAAGCAGUCGUGCCUCAUCUAAUUUAAGCAUUCGAACUCAAAUACCUCGAGGUGGAUCUUCUAGUCCAGGAAUGGAGGUCAGAAGCAACGUGGAGGUUGAACUGUAUGUCAAUGGUCAACGAGAAGUAAAUGAAGGAAAUAAUUUAACAGUUGAGAACAAUUUAAACGACGAAUCAACAGGAAAAACUGGUAAUUUAUCAAAGAAUAGAAAAGUUUCAUCUGAUAAUUCAUUGAAAAGUCCAUUCCAAGUUAUUCCUUCCCUGUUAAAGUCUUUCUCAAGUGUCGGUUCCCAGUUAUUUGGUAAAUCGAGUUCGGCUUUACAGAAACUUGACAAUAAAUCGCAUCAAAACAAUCGUGUUAAUAGUCACAACAAUAACAACAAUUAUCUUAAUCACGAUAAAACUCAGAAGGCUGAAAAUUCAAGAUAUUUAUUGCCAACAUCAUCAACUAAUGGAAUCGCUGAAUACACUAUGAGAGUUUCCAAAUCGUGUCAAACGAUGGUGACAUCAGAAAACUUUGAAUCAACUCUUCGUAAAAGCUGUACCGUUGAACAAUUAGCUGAUCCAACUUGGAGUGCCCAACAAUUAAUUUCUAGUCCAAAUAAUAUAAUUAAAUUAAAGAAAGUUGAUUCGCCGAUUGCAAUUGAAAGAGAUGAUAAUCUAGUUAAUCUUCAACUAGAAGAGGACUUACCUUUAAUUUUUUUAACUCAACAAGAAGUUUAAUCAACAUGAUUGUUGUUCCGUGUUAUUACAAUUAAAUCGACUAAUUCAAGACUGUUUUUCCUUUUUCUAAAUUAUUGUUACUGUUUUCCAUUGUUAUUCACAAUUAAGACUAAUUGUUAAAAGUACAAAUAUAAAAGACAAAAAAACAUA